AACAGAGCAAACAGUUUGAUUUCUCCGUCAGAAAAAAGAGCACAGAGCACUGAUAAGCACGCGUUCAGAAGAAACUCGAUCUCCUCCCCAGAAGCACAGGCAAUUCAUAUUCCCGAAUGCGAUCUGCUCCUCUGCAUUGUGUGCACCCCGGUCCCCCCCACAAUCAGAGAUGCCUUUCAUGGCUGGCCAAGCAAAGCAGCCGUGCCGCGCGAGCCCUACCACUAGCACCAGUCUCCCUUUGUUCGUAUUCUUCUUGCACCAGCCGGCCUCGUGAAGCCUCCGGUACGUCAGCGCCCGCAGGCCGCAACGUGGUACCCACCAGCUUUUUUCACUCCUAAGUCCUACCACGCGCUGCGUUCCACUACAAGUUCCAGUGACACUCACACUUGCCACUACAACGGUUCACACUUCACAGCCCACAUCAACAAAUGGCCAGGAAAGAAGUGACGCUCCUGCUCUUCCUCGUGCUGCUUGUCGCAGCCGUCGAGGCACAGCUGCACGACGAGCCUACGGCGGCCGCUGUCGGGCGGCGGCGUGGCGCGAAGGCCGCCACGGCGCCGACGCACCUCCACUUCUUCUUCCACGACACGGUGAGCGGCAAGUCGCCGACGGCGGUACGCGUGGUGAGCCCGCCGGCGUCGUCGCCGUCGCCCGUGUUCGGGAUGGUGAACGUGAUGGACGACCCGCUGACGGAAGGGCCGGAGCAAGGGUCGGCCCCCGUCGGCCGCGCCCAGGGCCUGUACAUGGGGUCCGACCAGGCCAAGAUCGGCUUCCUGCAGGCCAUGAACCUCGUGUUCACCGCGGGGGACUACAACGGCAGCACGCUCGCGCUGCUCGGCCGCAACUGCCCGCUCGACGCCGUCCGCGAGCUCCCCGUCGUCGGCGGCACGGGCGCGUUCCGCUUCGCCCGCGGCUACGCGCUGCUGCGCACCCACUGGCUCGACUUCGCCACCGGCGACGCCACCGUCGAGUACGACGUCUACGUCACGGACUAGCUAAUUAAUAACGUACCGCCUUGCUAGCCCUCACCCUCACUGAUGAGUGCCAUAAGCAUUACUACAAAGACAGGACCACGCAACAACAAUGGUGCCAAUAAAGGCUUUGAAGCAUGCUUCGCCACAGAGCGCCUGCUUUUUCUUUUAAAACCAGCAUUUUCGUUUCAGCUUAUAUAUAUAUUUAUAGAACGCAUGAUCUGUAUCCAAUACAAGCUUCAGAACCCCUUUAUGUUUUCGGAAAAGGUCGUCCAAAACUCCGGUCCAGAUUAUGUUGCUAUUUGAAAACUGAGGCAAUAUAUAGCUUUAUAUCAUUAUA